AUGGAGGUGAAGAAAGGACCAUGGACUCCUGAAGAAGACAUAAUCUUGGUCUCUUAUAUCCAACAACAUGGCCCUGGAAACUGGAGAUCCGUUCCUGCAAACACCGGUUUGCUAAGGUGUAGCAAGAGUUGUAGACUUAGAUGGACUAAUUACCUUCGUCCUGGGAUCAAACGAGGAAACUUUACUCAGCCUGAAGAGAAGAUGAUCAUCCACCUCCAAGCUCUUUUGGGUAAUAGAUGGGCAGCCAUAGCAACAUAUCUACCUCAGAGGACCGACAAUGAUAUCAAGAACUAUUGGAACACUCAUCUAAAGAAGAAACUCAAGCUGAAACUUCAAAACGGUAACACCAACGAAGACAACACCGUGACGACAGACGUUUCGUGUUGUGUUAACAACAACAAUAGAUGUCACACCAACAAAAGGACCGUUAACAAAGGCCAAUGGGAGAAGAAGCUUCAAACAGACAUCAACUUGGCCAAACAAGCUUUAUUCCAAGCCUUAUCACUUGACCUACCGUCUUCAUCGACCCCUCCCGAACCCGACUCACCAAAACCUCAUCAUCAUGAUCAUCACCAUCAUCAUUCUGCCACAACUACUUAUGCCUCAAGCACAGAUAACAUCUCUAAGCUACUACGGAACUGGACAAGCUCAUCGUCUUCGUCAAGGCCUAAUAACACUUCAUCACUCUCCAACAACCGGAGCUCAAGCACCGGUGAAGGAGGUGUUCUUGAUCAUCACUCUUUGUUCUCGUCGAACUCAGAAUCUGGAUCAGUCGAUGAGAACUUGAAUCUGAUGUCGGAGACGAGUAUCUUCCAAGGUGCGAGCAAACGAAACACUCACAAGGAAGCUACUACUAAUGCUACUACUGAUGAUCAAGGCUCCUUGUCUUUGAUCGAGCAAUGGUUGUUUGAUGAUCAAGGCUUGGUUCAGUGUGGCAAUGAUCAAGAAGAUCUCAUUGAUGUGUCUUUAGAUGGUAAAAAUAAUGAUAACGAUAGUCAAGAUUUGUUCUAA